AUGUAUAAUGGGGAUACGAGUGAGAAAAACAAGUCUCUUACUAAGGAACAGUUGGAACAAGUGAUAUUGCUACUUCACCAAAUAAAACCUGAUGAUCAGGGCACUAAUUCCCUUGCUUCUGCUAGUAACAACUGUGCUGGUACAAUUCCCAUUCCUUUUUCCUUUAGUUCUAAUCAUUUGAGGACUGCAAUCAGUAGGAAAUCUUGGAUAAUAGACUCGGGUGCAACUGAGCACAUGAGUUUCAAUAAAGAUUUAUUUCUUUCUCUAUCACCUUUGCCUAAAGCAAUCUUUGUACAACUACCAAAUUCUCAAAAUGUUAAGGUCACUCAUGGAGGUUCCGUCAAGCUUUUUACACAAAUGAUACUUCAUGAUGUAUUGUUUGUUCCUAAUUUUCAUUACAAUCUACUGUCUGUUCACAAACUAUGUCUUCAGUCUGGUUAUCAUCUUACGUUUAAUUCCUCUCAUUGUCUAAUGCAAGGCCCUUCAAUGAAGAGCCCCAAGGUCCUUGGUGAUUCUCGAAAUGGUCUCUAUGUGUUGCAGCCUAGUUCUCCAGUAGUCUCUAAUACUUUCAAGCCUUGUACUGCUUAUGAUAGUUCUGUUUCUCAAUCAAAAGGAUUUGCCUCUACUCUAUCAGUAGGAAGGUUUAAGCUGGACCCUAGGGCGGAAGCCUGUUUGUUUUUGGGAUAUCCUUUUGGGAAGAAGGGAUAUAAAUUACUUAGUCUUACUUCUCAGAAAAUUUUUGUGUCCAGAAAUGUGGUCUUUCAUGAAAACAUUUUCCCUUUUUCUAGCAUAACCACAAAUUCUCCUUUAUUUCCAGUAAGGUUUGUUACUGAUUCCAUUGAUGACACAGCUGAUAUGCCUUUCUCAUCACCUCCUAUCAUGGACUCUCAUUUUCCUCCUUGUUCUUUCCCUCGUUCUGAUACUGAGUUUCCUGGUUCACCUCCUCAUAUUCCAGUUCAUAUUCCUCCUCUUACUGAGGUUCCUUCUAUUGAUCCUAUUGUUCUGCGCAAAUCCACUCGAGCGGUUAAAACCCCAACUUAUUUAGAAGAUUAUGUUUGCAACUCAAUUUUCUCAGCAAAUGUGUCCUCACACUGUUUCUUGUCACCUGUGUCUCCCCUUUCUGUUUCUUUUUCUGGUCUCUCAUCUUCAAACCAACACUUACUCAACUCCAUUUCCCACAUUCAUGAACCAACUAGUUAUUCCCAGGCUCUUCUACACCCUGGGUGGAAAGAAGCCAUGGCAAAGGAAAUUGAUGCCCUGGUUGUCAAUGAUACUUGGGAUGUGGUUGACUUACCCCAUGAAAAGAAAGCUCUUCCUUGCAAAUGGGUGUAUAAAGUGAAGUUGAAGUCAAAUGGGACACUUGAGAGACUAAAAGCAAGGUUGGUUAUAAGGGGGGACAUACAGAUGGGAGGGAAUAGAUUUUACUGA